AACCCUCCCACCAAAAACCGCGUUAACCACAAUUGAGUGAUGAGUGCUGAAGAACCCUUUUGAUCUCACAAACACUUUGAUUUUUAUUAAAGAAGACAAAACCCUACCCCUUUGCCCACACUUUGCUUCCUCUUCUUCUUCUUCUUCUUCUUCUUCUUCCUCCCUCCUUCCUUAUCAAAGUCAAAGAAGGAAGGAAGAAAAAAAUGGUGUUCACCACCUUAUUGUUGCUGGUAGUUCUAUUUCUUGCUGCCUUCUUUAUAUAUUUCCCCAACCGCAAGCUUCUUGCAUGGUUUCAGUCUUUCUUUCCAGUCGAAACGGCUUCUGAUUCGACUGCAACGAAGAAAGAAGUCGCGAAGAAUGGUAGGUCAGUGAUAACAACAAGAAGAAGGGAGGAGGAUCCAGAGCUGAAGCGAGUGUUUGCCACCUUUGACAAGAACAGUGAUGGGUUUAUAACCAAGCAGGAGCUGAAGGAGUCGCUGAAGAAUAUCAGGGUCUUCAUGAGUGAUGAGGAAGUCGAAGAAAUGGUGAACAAAGUGGACGCAAACGGAGACGGGCUGAUCGACUUUUCCGAGUUCUGUUUGCUCUGCCAGGGUCAGUCUAUUGUUAAUGGAGGAGAAGAUGGGAAUGAAGCUGGUGAGGUGGACCAAGAGGAGGAACUGAGGGAGGCUUUUGGUGUGUUCGACAAGGAUAAAGAUGGGUUGAUUUCUGUGGAGGAAUUGGGGGUGGUUUUGUGCUCUUUGGGUUUGAGAGAAGGGAAUAGAGUUGAGGCUUGUAAGGAAAUGGUGAAGAAGGUUGAUAAGGAUGGAGAUGGUAUGGUUAAUUUUGAUGAGUUCAAGAUGAUGAUGAAAGGUGGGAGGCUUCUCUCAGCUUUUUGAUUAAGGCACUUGUUCCAAGUCCAAUCAAUCACACAUACCAUUGUUGUAUAGUAAACAAGAAACUGUUCUGUUCUGGUUCAUCAAAAUUCACAAGCUUCCCUGCAGAAACUAGAAGCAAUGAAAUGGCCAAGAGUCACAAUCCUCUCUAACCUACAACCCACUAGCUAGUUUUUUUUCCUUUAAAUUUUAUUUUAACUUUUCAUGGCCGGCAAACUAUCAUGGUAGAUGCCUCUAUAGUUUUUAGAAAUGUAUUUUCUUUUUUUGCCUCUUGCUGUAUGAUCUCCAAUAUUAUGCGGUACUAUGAAUAUGGUUCUAUUCAGUCUA